AUGAACUGUCACAGCAGCUGCCAUCCCCUACUGAUCCCGUACUCAGGAAUUGGGAUCUUCUGUCCUGAGUGGGUCAGUUUCGAGUGGUCCUGCUCUUGUUAGUGCAAAGGUGACACAAACAAAAUCAUUGAAAAUUUGUUAUGUCGGCACAAAUAGAUUAAAUGCAUAACUUCCAUAAAUGUAGAAGCACAGGCUGUACUAGCAUUUCAAAAGAGGAGCUGGAUCAAUUAAAGAUGACAAAAAGAAAGAUAGUUUUCACCACGAGUGGUUGAUCCGGAAAGAGACAAGAAUUGUUCACAUACCGCAAUCUGGUGUCUUGUUUAUGUACAAAAUGAAGGUAUAUACUGCCUUCUUUGCGUAAACAUAAAAGCAAGUCAGCCCAGAACAGAAGCGAGACAUUCUCAAAUGAGUCAUCUACUAGGUCAAAUAGAAUGCAGUAACCAAACACAUAAGCAGUGCUAAACACAAAACAACAGUUAAGAAUGAGCGGCUAAAUCAGGUUUCCCACUUUCGAAAACAGGUGGAUGAAAAGGAAAGCACAAAGGUUUUAGUUGUUCAAGAAGCUUUUCACGCCAUGUACUGGCUUGCCAAGGAGUCCAUAGCCAACAGGAAGCUAAAAUCCCUCCUCAAGCUGAUGGAGCACUUAGGUCUUUAAGAGUUAAGGUAUUUUACUCAUAGAUCUCAGGGGAUCACUUCGAGAAAUAUUUUUAACAAUAGGAAACACAGUGCAAGCUCAAAUAUGCGAGAAACUUCAGGAGCAGACCGUUUAUGGCCUGUUGGUGGACAACGUGGCAGAUAUCAGCAAUGAAGAGCAGAUGCUUCCACUUGUUCAGUAUUUUGAUAUGGAGUUGGGGAGACUUGAAUGCAAGUUCUUAUUUACAGCCAAUGUUCUUGAAAAGGCCUCAAGCACUGAAGCAGCAACGUUACAUGGUAUCAUCACUGACCAUCUCAACAUCUUGAAGAUUCCUUUGAAGAACUUAAGGGCCCUUGCAACAGAUGGGGCAAGUGUGAUCACUGGCAAAACCAGAAGCCUAGCAGCACAGCUGAAAAAGGAUGUCAAAAGCCUUGUGGCAGUUCCCCGUGUAUGCCACAAGUUAGCUCUUGCUUCCACAGACACUGAUGUGGACCUACAAGUGAUAAAGAAUAUCCAGACAGAAGUCACACAGCUGUGGAAAAUUUUUGAGAACUCUCCAAAAAACCUUGCAACCUACCUCAAAGUACAGGAGGAGAUGAAAGAAGUAACCUUGGUGCCAAGGCAAGUACGAAAAUUGCCAAAAGUUUAAAGAAGGAUUGCAAAACACUGUAGUUAUCUUAUGACAGUGCUAUAAAAGCAGUGUGUUCCGACCUCCCCUCCAUUCUCCAAACAUUAUGCCAGUUGAAGACUGAUCCAUCUCGCUAUGGUCUUUUUAAGAAACUGGUGAAAGCAGAGAAAGUGGGCACCAUCUGUAUCCUUCAUGACAUUCUUCCAGUCCUGAGUGAUCUUAUUAAAGUUUUCCAGUAAGGUACGAUCAACUUUGGUCACAUAAACCAGCAAGGACAAGCUUCUGGCACUUGGGACAAAGAAGGUUCCAAUAAAGAGGCUACAAAGUGAUUUAGCUGAAGGAGGAUCCUUGGCUUUCACUGACAUCAAGUACUGAAGUAGAGACAAUCAGUAUCUCGAAAGUCUAUAAGAAAGAACGUGGAUGCCUCGAUUAAGAAGAUUAGCAAACGACUCAGAGAUGCAGCCCAAGUCCUAACAGCAAUGCAGGUGUUUGACAAGACAGCCACACCACCUAAGGAGAAUGGCAGUGACUUCACGGAGUAUGGAUAA